AUGGAGCCGAGGGCAGCCCGACUGCGGAGGAGAGCAGGGCCCAGGGGAGAGCAGGAGAGCAGACCGUCCAGAGGAGGAAAUGUUGAGGCACAUGGAGGCUCAGACUUGGUGCAAUGGACCCGACAUAUGGAGGCUGUGAAGAUGCAACUGCUGGAGCAGUUUCAGGGUCAGCUGCUGGAGCUGCUGGAUCAGGCCAUGUCAGAGGCAAUACAAUCUUAUCUACUACAAGGCAGACCUCUGCCUACUAUCCCUCCAGAUUCCUUGAGCAAGACCCAGGAGCCAUCCCUAAGGAAACGGAAAGUUUUCAUCAUUCGCAAGUCCCUGCUUGAUGAACUGAUGGAGGUGCAGCAUUUCCGGACCAUCUACCACGUGUUCAUCGCCAGCUUGUGUGUCUUCAUCAUCAGCACCCUGGCCAUCGACUUCAUUGAUGCAGGCAGGCUGAUGUUGGAAUUUGACCUAUUGAUCUUCAGCUUCGGACAGCUGCCCUUGGCUCUGAUGACAUGGGUCCCCAUGUUCUCGUCUACUUUGCUGGCGCCCUACCAGGCCCUGAGGCUGUGGGCAAGGCCCCAGACCGGAGGGGCCUGGACACUGGGGGUGGGCCUGGGUUGCGUGUUGCUGGUCGCCCACACCGCGGUGCUUGGCAUUCUCCCCGUCCACAUAGCGGUGAAAUAUCAGCUCCCGCCAGCCUCCCGCUGUGUCCUUGUCUUUGAGCAGGUCAGGCUCCUGAUGAAAAGCUACUCCUUCCUAAGAGAGAUCGUGCCUGGGAUCCUUUGUGCCAGAGGAGGUGCGGGUGUCUGGGCCCCCAGUUUCUCCAGCUACCUCUAUUUCCUCUUCUGCCCCACACUCAUCUACAGAGAGACUUACCCCAGGACACCCAACAUCAGGUGGAAUUAUGUGGCCAAGAACUUUGCCCAGGCCCUGGGCUGCAUCUUCUACGCCUGUUUCAUCCUGGGCCGCUUCUGUGUUCCUGUCUUUGCCAACAUGAGCCAAGAGCCCUUUAGCAUCCGUGCCCUGGUGCUCUCUGUCAUGCAUGCCACAUUGCCAGGCAUCUUCAUGCUGCUGCUCAUCUUCUUUGCCUUCCUCCACUGCUGGCUGAAUGCCUUUGCUGAGAUGCUACGAUUUGGAGACAGGAUGUUCUACCAGGACUGGUGGAACUCCACAUCUUUCUCCAACUACUACCGCACAUGGAACGUGGUGGUUCAUGACUGGCUGUACAGCUACGUAUAUCAGGAUGGGCUGUGGCUCCUUGGUGGCCAGGCUCGAGGGGCAGCCAUGCUGGGCGUGUUCCUGGUCUCUGCAGUCGUCCAUGAGUACAUCUUCUGCUUCGUCCUGGGUUUCUUCUAUCCUGUCAUGCUGAUACUCUUCCUUGUCAUUGGAGGGCUGAUGAAUUUCAUGAUGCAUGACCGGCACACAGGCCCAGCGUGGAACGUGCUAAUGUGGAUCAUGCUUUUUCUGGGCCAAGGCAUCCAGGUCAGCCUGUACUGCCAGGAGUGGUAUGCACGGCAGCACUGCCCCCUGCCCCAGACAACCUUCUGGGGACUGGUGACACCUCGAUCUUGGUCCUGCCAUACCUAGAGGUCAGGGCAACUUCGCUGCCCAGAUGACACCAUCAAGUUCUUCUCCGCCUGUGAAGCCUAGACCAGGGCUCAUCUCUGUGUUCCCAGACUCAGCUCUGAAGCAAAGGGGCUUGGCAUGCAUGACCCCACCAUGGAACUCCAGGGACUCAGAUCUGUAGACCUGUGGACAGCUGAGCUCAGACUCAGAAUGGUGGUGGUUCAUGAGCCUUCAUUCCCUUAGAUUGGGCAUAGGGCCCCUCCCACUCCAUGGCAGUCUAGACUUGGAGAAACUUGAAGAAUUUUACACAUUUGACAAA